CACAUUUCCAUCUGCAGAGUGAAGAGGUGUGGAGAUAAAGAGGAAGGACUGACGGUCAUAGUAGAAUCAUUUUUUUUUUCUCCAAUCUGUUCGCGGGAGUGGAUUUUUAAAACAUUUUAAGAUUUUUUUUUUUUCGUUUUGUUUUCUUUUUUUUUUUAAAAUACAACAAAACAGAUUUAAGGAUGGGUUCCCAGCUGUCUAAGGGAGGAGUGGUCGUUGAAGGCAACAAAUCUGCAGUAACUGAUCCAGCAGCAGUUAAAACCAAUGGCCAGGAGAAUGGCCACGUGAAGACCAAUGGUGACUCCUCCCCCAAGGCUGAGGGUGACACGGAACCGGCAAAUGGGAACGGCUCUGCCGAACCACUGACCGAGACCGGUUCUGGAGAUGCCAUUGAAGCAGCACCGCAAGCCGAGGGAGAAGCGGCCAAAACCGACGGGGAGGCAACCAAGGAGACCCCCAAGAAGAAGAAAAAGAAGUUCUCCCUGAAGAACUCCUUCAAAAUCAAGGGUCUGUCCCUGAGAAAGACCAAGAAAAACACCGGGGAGAGCGCCAAGGACGAGUCUCCCGUUACCCCGCUGGCCGAGGAGAAGACCGAAGCGAAGGCUGAGGAAAGUAGCCCUUCCGCAGAGGCCACUGUCUCCAGCGAGGCUAAAGAAGAAACCUCUGCGGAACCGAGGGAGAGCGAGGGACAAGAAACCAAAGCCAGCAACGAAGAGGCAGCAGCCAAACCAGAAGAGGAGCAGCAGACACAGGCGGCAGCAGCAGCCGAGAGCCAGCUGGAGACCAGUGAGGCCAAGCCUGAGGCAGCGGCCGCAGAGGAGCCUCCAAAAUCAGCAGAAACAACCGAGGAACCCAGUUCGGCACCUUCCGAGCAGAACGAAGAGUAAACGCAUUUCGGAGUCGAGGACUGUUAUCGAAACAAAAGACUGCUUGUGCCACAUUCUUUAUAAUGAAUUCGCAGCCAACACCUGUCUGGUCACUGCCUUGGCAAUUAAGUUUUAUUAAACAAAACAAAUCGAUCCCAACGUUCCAGUUUCACAAGUCUUGGUUCCAGUUUUUCUCCAUAUUUCACGAAAGUUCUGACAAGUGUGGAUUGUAUGAAGUUCAUUGAAAUGAUUCCUGUUUUUGCCUUUUUUUUUUUUUUUUUUUUUUUUUUUUUUUUUUGAAGUUCUAUACUUGCAGGUGGAGGUUUUUAAAAGAUCCAAAUCUGAAAUUUCUUGCUGUACUUGCAAGACAAAACAAAAAACAAACUUUCAAUCUUAAAGGCGUGGCGCCCAUUUGAUUUUCAUUUCCGGUCAUCUGCUGGAAUGAAACUGGAUGGACUGUCGUCCUUUUUUAAAUGACUUCUCAAUGGAAAUUCCUUUUAAGUUUUAGCAUUCUACUUCCCAGCUUUGUUUACCUCUGUUUCAAGCAUCCCUGCAGAGUAGCAACCAACGAACAUUUUAAACGGAAGCUUAGUUGUGUUUCUUUUUGUUUUUUUUUUUUUUUUUUUUUUUUUUUUUUUUUGUGGCUAAAAUACAAAAACAAACCAGCAGAGUGUCGGCGUUUGUUAAGGGAGUUGUAAUAAUAUGUAAACCUUUCUCUUUGCUUUUUUGUCUUUUGUAAAUACAACUUUAGCCUUUUUUUUGCUUUUUUUAUUGCUAAAAUUAAGAUGUUAAUGGUUUUAUUGUAAUGUUAAGAGUGAAUAAAUGUUAAAAUCCCUGAA